CUUUAUUCCUUGGUCCCGGACUCAGUCCAGGCUGGUGCUUUUAGGAGGCCCUAGAGAGAGGCCCUGGCUGGUCUCAGGCAAGAGUAGGGGCCCUCAUGGAAUCAGAGUCUCCCCAGUGGGGGCAGCAGCAGGAGACACAGCAGUGAAGAGGAGGGGAAAGCAGAGGCGAGGCGGGGUCCUGUGACCAUGGUGACAGUGGAUCCUGGGAGGGACCCCAUGCUGCGCUCCCUGCAGCCCAACUGUCCCCAAGGGGACAUCCUGGGCUAACACCAGGCCCUGCAGCUUCUCUGCUGGAGGUGGCGGGGCUGACUCCUCUUCCAACCAGAGAUGGCUCAUCUGGCCCUCAGGUGCAGCCCCGCAGCCACCCCACCUGGCCCCCCAGGGGAAGCCCCCUGGGGCCGCGCAAUCCAGCUUCACCCCUGCACCAGACCUGGGGGUGGUGGGGCAGCUGCAGAGCAGAGCAGGUCAACAGGCAGUACAGGUCACUGCAAUGUAGGGAGAGUGACCCCACCCCUGGGCAGCACCCCCUACAUCCUAGGACAGUGACAGAUCAGAAUCAUGCUGUUGAGAGGUCAGCCAGCCACAAGCCUCAGGGAGAAGAAUGGCUUUCAGACUUCAGCCGAAAGCAUGAGAAGUUAGGGGUUUGUUAGACUUCCCCAUGAACUGGGAAACAGGGUCCUCCAUGUUGGACUCCAGCGAAGCGACAGCUGCGGGCACAGAGGCUUUCCCCGCUAUGACGGAGCCGCGGGCUUAAGGCGCACAUGGGGUGCCGGUCCCGGCACCCUCCCGGUCCUCUGGCUGUGCCUCCCUGAGCAUGCCGCCCGCGCUGCCUUCUCGGACUGACGCAGGAUCGAGUCAGGGCGGGCAAAGCCCGGCUGUGCUGCCGGACCGCUGGCCCACGCUGGCCACCUCUGCGGCUUGGGCCAUCGAGGUGCAGAAACCGGAGGCCAAGGCGGCAGCGCUCGCCCCGCGUACAACCCAGCUCCGGGGACGCAGAUCCACCUUCGGUCCCGCCCCGCCCAGCCGGAGCGGGCCUCUGUCUGCCCUGCCCGCCGUGGCAGAAACCAGCCGCUUGCAUCUGGGCCCCUUCGUUUCUCGCUGGGUCCCGGGGGAACAGAGAGGAGCCGUCCAGGGGCCCGGCGUGAACAGAGGAAGACGCGGGACGGCCGGCGUCGGUCCUCGCCCCGCCCAGCUCACCAGGGCCGCUCCAGCCCUUGGCUCUGCUGCCCCCCAGCGGCCAGGCGGAGCACGAAGGUGGGGCUGCUGCGGAUAAAUACACGGCGUGAGUCUGCGGCCGCAAGGCCAGGGCGCCCCUCCUGCCCCCGGGAGCCCGACACGGCCCCUCCCGCCCCGCCGGCACCUAGCUCGCCGCUUAGGGACGCGGUCUUUCUAAGGUCCUCUGCCCCGCGCUGCCGCAGGCAACCGGCUUCCAAGACUUUCAUUCACCUCGCACAGCUCCUAUCGCCACGGUAACCACGCUGCCUGGGCUCCCGUCGCCACGGUAACCGGCGCUUUGCGACCUUCGGUUUGCGGCGUGAUCGCGCCGGGGUCGCGUCGCUGCGCCGGUUGCUGGGCGACGGCGGAGGGAGCGAAGCUGGAGACGCCGGCUGCUCUGGGACCCUGUGGAGGGUUCCCCGCAGUCCCCCUGCAUCCCGGACUAUGGCGGCGGCGUCCCCGGGCAGGGCAGGGGGCUCGCGCUGGACAUGGCGCCCGGUGGCCCGGGACGCGCUGCUGGCGCGGGCCUUCCACUCGUGCACUGAGCUGCGGGGCCGGCUCUAUGUGGUGGGGGGCCUCCUGAGCGGCGGGGCGACGGAGCCGAGCGGCGACACCGUGGUCUUGGACGUGGUCGGGGGCCUGGCCGUGCGAGAGGGGGCGCGGGGCGGCCCGAGGCGCAGCCACCACGACGCAGCGGCACUGUGCGGGCGCUGGCUGUGCACCGUGGGCGGCUGGGACGGGGCGCGCCGCCUAGCCUCGGUGGCUGCGCUGGACACGGAGCGCGGGGAGUGGGAAGCGUGGACCUCGGAGCCCGGCAGCCGCCCCCCCGCCGGCCUCAGCGGCCACACCUGCACCCGCCUGUCGGACCACGAGCUGCGGGUGGCCGGCCGGGAGGGCGGGACCCGCACUCAGCGCCGCUACGGCAGCAUCUACUCGCUGAGGCUCGACCCCAAUGCCCGAACCUAUUGCUACACGGAGGAAAGCUGCCGCUCGGCCUCCCGAUCCGGGCACUGCGCCGCCCUACUCCCGACCCGGGGGCCCCGCCCAGGCCACCAGCUUCUGCUCUUCGGGGGCUGCAGCUCAGCUGACCCAGAAGUAGCUGGACAGUGGGGUCGCGGGAAGAUUAAGGAGGAGCCGCCCCAGGCCCCUGGUUUGAUGGCACAGCUGGGAAAGCUUGUGAGCAUCAGCCAGGGGUCCCCGCAGGGGCCCCGGGGACUUCGGAAUCACUCCUGUUCUGUGGUCGGGCCCUUUGCUGUGUUAUUCGGUGGAGAAACUCUGACCAGAGCCAGAGACACGGUCUGCAACGACCUCUAUGUCUACGACGCCCGCACUUCCCCUGCUCUGUGGUUCCGUUUCCCGUGUGCGGACCGGGCACUGAAGCGCGUGGGCCACCGGACCUGCCUUUGGAACGACCAGCUGUACCUAGUGGGCGGUUUCGGUGAGGACGGCAGGACAGCCAGCCCGCAGGUCUGCACCCUGGACCUCUACCUCUAAGGAACCACGCCAGGUGCACGGUCAAGCCUCACAGAGUGUUAUUACUAGAGCUGCCUGCCUCCCGUCAGAUGUUUAUUAAAUUGCAAUGUAAGAGCCA